AUGAAGAGAAAGGCGAAUGGCUCUGCCGGAGGAAAGGCCGCCUCCUCCAAGCGAGUCAAAGCUUCAUUGAGCGCCGAAGAAGCUCAGAAGCGAUUUCGCGAGGGCCUGUUUGACAAGAAAGUCCUCGAUGCCUACAAGUCCGAGUACGCCGAAUCGUCGCCCUACAAGCAUGCCGUCAUCCACGAGCUCGUCAACGACAAGCUGCUACGCUCCGUCCGCGAUGAGGUUCGCAGCAACGUUCAGUUUACGCCCAAGGAGACAGACAUCUACAAGAUCCACCAGUCUGGCGACUUAGCCAAUCUCGACGGCCUUGACGACCAGUCGCUCGCUAAGCUGCCCUCGCUGCUUGCACUGCGCGACGCAAUCUACUCCGAGGCCUUUCGCGGCUACGUCGCCGACAUCACGGGCUGCGGGCCCCUGAGCGGCCGCAAGACUGACAUGGCCAUCAACGUUUACACCCCAGGCUGCUACUUGCUCUGCCACGACGACGUCAUCGGCAGCCGUCGCGUCAGCUACAUCCUGUACCUGACUGACCCGGACCAGCCCUGGCAGCCCGAAUGGGGCGGCGCGCUGCGCCUGUUCCCCGUGCUGGAGAAGGAGGGCGCCGACGGCGCCGUCGCCAAGACGCCCCUGCCCGACGUCGUACGCAGCAUCCCGCCCGCCUGGAACCAGCUCAGCUUCUUCGCCGUCCAGCCCGGCGAGAGCUUCCACGACGUCGAGGAGGUCUACCACGCCGCGACCCGCGAGCAGCAGGAGAAGGAGGGCGGCCGCGUGCGCAUGGCCAUCAGCGGCUGGUUCCACAUCCCCCAGCCCGGCGAGGACGGCUUCGUCCAGGGUGAGGAGGAGAAGAACGCCAAGAACAGCAGCCUCAUGCAGCUGCAGGGCAACCCGGCCCAGUACGACGCGCCCCAGGCCCUCGUGGUGCCCGUCACCAAGGCGGACGAGUUCAAGGCUGCCGGCGACGAUGACGAGGACGAGGAUGAGUUUGACGAGGCCGACCUCACGUUCCUGCUCCAGUACAUCUCCCCCACCUACCUCACCCCCGAUACUCUCGAGCAAGUGUCAGAGUUCUUCCUCGAGCGCUCCAUCAUCACCCUCGACAACUUCCUCUCCAAAAAGUUCGCGGAGCGCGUGCGCAAGUACGUCGAGGCGCAGGAGGCCAACGGCCUGCCCGCCGAGAGCGGAGCCAUCGAGGAGACGACGCCCUGGAAGGUCGCCCGCCCCCCGCACAAGCACCGCUACCUCUAUCAGCACCCCAGCCUCCCCGACGAGCCGCGAGCAGACGAGGAGUCGCCCAUCGCGGAGCUGCUCGACUGCGUGUUCCCCAGCCGCGCGUUCCGCAACUGGCUCGCAGUGGCCGCUCACGGCCGCAUCCUGAGCCACGACAUCCUGGCGCGUCGCUUCCGUCGCGGCCACGACUACACGCUGGCAACGAACCACGACGGUGCCGCCCGGCUAGAGAUGAACCUGUCCAUCACGCCGAGCGCCGGCUGGGGCGAGGAUGCGGCGGGCGACAAGGAGAACGGGACGGAAGAAGAGGCGGAAGCAGUCAAGCCAACGGACAAGGGCAAAGGGAAAGCCAAGGCCGCGACCAAUAGCAAAGGCAAGGCAAAGGCCGCGGAAGCGGAGGAGGAAGAGGAGGAGGAGACUGAAGACGUCGGCGGCCAGGAAGUGUACAUGGCCGACGACGACGACGACGAGGAGGAGGACGCCGCCGUGUACAAGGCCAGCAACGACGAGGACAACAUCCUAUUCCACCAAAACGCCGCCUGGAACAAGUUGACCCUGGUGAUGCGCGACAGCGGCACGCUCAAGUUCACAAAGUACGUCAGUCGCAAGGCGCAGGGCGACCGGUGGGACAUUUGGGGCCUCUUUGACAUUGAGGACCAAGGCGGCGACGACGAUGAUGAAGAUGAGGAGGGAGCCGCGGCGGGGCCGUCGACAGGCGAGGCGGCGGCGCUGGGCGAAUCUGACAUGGAGGAGACGUUUAACGGAUUCUCCGACGCGGGAGACGACGACGAGUCGGACUGA